AUGCCAAUUUAUUUCCUUUCUUUUCUUUUCAUUCUUUUUAUUGUUUUUUCUUUUUACUUUUUUUCUUGCUAUAAAUUCAUCUUUUUCUAUUUUCAUGUUUGCUCUACCUUCUUUCUUUUUGCUUCUAGUUGUCUCUCUCUUUCUUUCAUCUUCUCUUACAUUCAUUCUUUUCUUUACAUUUUCCUUUUUUCUUCACAUAUCCACAUUUCUUUCUUUUUAUUUUCUGUCUCUCUUUCUUUCUCUUGUUCUUUUCAUCCUCUUUCUUUCUUGCCAGUUUCCAUUUCUUCCUUUUUUAUAUAUAUCUACAUCUUUCUCUUUGUUUCUUCUCAUUUAAUAUCCUUUGAAGUUGUCUUCUCUUUCUUUUUCAUUUUUGUCUCGCUUUUAUUCUUGUUCUUUUAUUUCUCUUUUCUUUCUCAAAAUUAUUCAUUUCGUUUUUUUUAUAUAUUUAUAUUUUAUUUUCUUUCUUGUCUGUUUCUCAAUUGCUUUUUUUCAUUUUUCUUUCCUUUAUUUUCUUCUUUUUCCUUUUCUUUAUUCUUGUUUCUCCCCUUGAUUUUGUCUGCUAUUUCUUUUAGGUUCCUCUUUUGGCCUUUUUACAUUUGCCUCUCUUUUAUUUACUUUCUUCAUCCAAUUUUCUUUGCAGACAUUGGAUUCUUUCUUUCUUUGUCUUUCUUCUUCACAUUUUUCUUCUCUUUUAAAGUUUCUUUUUCUUAUUUAUUAUUCCUUCAUCUUUUCUUUCUUCACUUUUUUGCUUUUUACUUCUUUUUCCCAUUGUUUUGCUUUUUAGUCAGUUUUCAGCAUUUCCAUUUUUAUCUUCUUUUUCAUUAUUUUUCCUCUUUUUAUAUUCUUCUUUUCUUUAUCCAAUCUUCUUUCUUUUACCAUUAUUCUUUUAUCAUUUUAUUUUUACCUUUCUUUCAUUCAUUUUUCCAUUUUUAUACUCAUUCUCUUUUCUUGGCAUUGUUCUUUCACUUCUGA